AGCUGGUUUGCCAACCGACAAUUAAACCAACAAAGAAGAAGAAAAUAAACGUCACUUCCGGUGACGGUAAGCUUUAAGAACCGGGCGCCAAAAAAAAACUACUUUCUUAUUUCGGACAACAAAGAUAUUUAUGAUGUGUACAACGCUGGACACUGGAGAAAUCAUCAUCCUCAGUGAUGAUGAUGAAGAUGAGAACAUAUCCUGCAAUGAACCCUCGGUUCUCAUCGUGGAGAUAGAUGAUGUGAAGAAGAGUGGUGAGUGUGCUGUAUCUCCCAGUGCUCCUCUGGAUGGAGAAGACCUUGUCAUCACCUUCUCGCGCCGCGCUGAGGUGCUGCCUCAUGCACGCUAUGACUGCCCUAUACAUCCUUUUACGGCUACAUAUUGUGAGAUCGGCGCUCCUGUGGCCGGUAACCAGCUCAUGUGUGAUCAGUGCUUCUGCUACAUCUGCGACAAGCUGGCGUCAUCGUGUCAAGUGUGGUGUUGCAGCAGUGUGUGUCACUGCAACAGCCACAAAAAAAGCGAAUUCUGGAACGACGUCAGAAACAUCACACUGCUGGGAGGACUGCAGACUUUCAACCUCACUCUGUCUGAAAUAGAUUCUCACCUCCGACAUGCAGAGACGAUGCUGCAGAGCUUCAGACAAGAGCUCGCUGCACACUUCUCGUCCUUCCUGAAGGGAAGGCCUGUAGUGCAAUAUGGUCCGAGCCAAACGAACCAGAAAGUCCUCGUCUCCGAUUACACACCUGUGUACGAUUUUGUGUCAUCGUUCCUGAACAAAGCGGAUAAAAAGGAUGGCAGAGCUGCGGCCAUCAUGAGACUGGGAGCCGCUGAGGACUUUAUUCAACAUUUUCAAGGCUCAGGGACUUUCAUCUUACAGUCUCCCAUGGCUAAUGCUACUGUAGCCAAACUGGUGUUACUGAAGAGGGUAAUAGCGUCCGUGCAGAGACAGAUGGUGAUGGCUGAUUUUACACCAGAGUUCAUCCACAAACUGCAGGAUUUUUCCAAGAGGUUGUGUUUCCCCGCUGAGCUGAAGAGCAUGAAGAACAGCCUGUGUGUUCGUCUUUGGGACGACAUCCUGCUGGUGUCUGUGCUGAAGGGACAGAACGUGUCGGGGGUCCGCAAAGACAAAGGCAAGAAGGACUACCUGUUUGAACAGAUUUCUGUCGUUCUAUUGAGAACAGAGCUACUACAGCGACAGCACAGGUACAGAGAAUUGUGUCGCUACCUACGAGUCGUCGAGACGGAUGAUUCCAAACUCCUCCAUCAAGUACAAGACCUCAUCCCGUUCUUCUUGUGCAUGGAGGGCUCCUUAACGGGCGCUCUGGACUGUUUGUUCCCCUCGGUGAACGCCCCGGCCUUGCGCUUCACUCCACAGCUCUUCCUCUUUUAUUUCCGUGUCUUUAGAACGGCAACAGCGCCGGAGCUGGCGGUCAGUCAGCCCGCACAGCUCUGCUAUUCUGUGGCAGCGUGGGAGCCAAUUAAAGAUGCUGUGCCGCUGUCGCAUGUUGCGCUGGUGAGGUUUGCUCUCAGGGUUCAGAGAUGCUGCUCUGCCGUCUCCGCUGAUUCUCAGUGUUGGACCAAUUUACUCACAGUCGUCAACACACUCACCGCUCUCCCAGAACCGAGCCCACAGUUUCUACACGAAGCGAAGGAUGUUGUGAAUUCGAUACUGCUCGACGAGCACAGGUCAAACAUACAGAUCCCUCGAUUCUUUCAGGAGGUGUACCCACAUCAGGCCAUGUUGCUGUUGGUAACGGGGGCUUUAGGUUUGAGAAUCAUUAAUGCUGCUCUGAGUCCAGCCCUCCCUGUGCUCAACACAUUUAAGGAGAACGUGUGGGCUCUCGGGUGGCUGUGGGAUAGUUUGUCAUCCAGCCCAGAACGCCUCAGGUCCUUCUUACAGGAGGUCUCACAGGAGAUGGAAAACACGACAGAUGGGGACAGUUCGUUAACCUUUCUUCGCGCCGUUGUACUCGCUCAGUCUUCUUCAACAGAGAACUUGGACCAAUCUGUUGCCUUGUUUUCCAUGACCUCUCCUGAUGUGGUGGUGAUCAGCACCUACUGCAGUCCAGUGGACUGUUAAACUCGACUCCUCCUAAGUGAAGGCCCCGUCGCAGUGUCAGCUGGCUGAUCCUCUCUCGUUACUGGCUCUAUUUGCACAUAAAACAACCAAACCUGGACCUGAUUACACACUGAUGUUCCUGUUAAACACUGAGAUUGCUCAGCUGCACCCUCUUCUUCUCCAGACUGAGAAGAGUACAGAGGGAGAGCUGCAGGAGCCACAGAUUCAUGUGAGUCUGAGUUUUCAUACAGACAUCAGAAUGCACCUGGACAGACCAGGUGUCAAGAGACUUCAAACACAUCCUCCUCGUUAUUCAUCACUCAAUAACAAUGUAGAGACACUUCAUGUUGCUUCAUACUUUAAUGACUUGAUCAGUCCAGUAUCUUGAUCGUCUUAAAUUUAAUUCUGCACUGUUUUUAUUUUAAUUUGGUGGCGUUUGUGUUAAUAACUUUCUGGAAAUGCUUUUGGAUUUUCACUUUUGUUGCAAAUGCUCAUAAGAGGAUAUCGUAUAAUGUUGGUAAAUAAAUAGAAAAAUUGACUAUU